AACUUAUUGUAACUGUCACCUUAAUUGCCUACCGCCUGUACACUGUUAGUGUCUUAAGGACUGUUCCACAAGUGCAUGUGCAAUAACUGUUCAUGGUUCAUUGAACAAGCAUGAAAAACAUUGUUUAAACCCUUUCCAAUAACGAUCUGUACAGCUUAUUUGGAUUUUUAUAAAAUUAUCUUUAAAAUACAGUCUCCUGAAAAGUCUGGGUAAUUUUGAAUCUUGUGCUUUCAAAUGAUACCUUGUUUAUGUGUGUAGGCAGAAAGAUUUAUUAUCAGUGAGCAUUUCAUUUCAGGUAUGCCACUUAUGCACUCUCUCACUAAAAUGGUGGAUGCUAGUAAAGAGGUUUCAAGAGGAGCCAGUGGACCUAUUAUAGCAGGUUCCUAACAACCAUUUCACAUAAAUGCUUUUCAAGGGUUUAAUUGCAGUAGUUAAAUACCACUGCUACUUAUGGAAGCUUGCAUGUUGAAUGGCAUUGUUUUGUAAAAAUACAGCCAGAACAACUCCCUCUUAUCAAUAUUUUUGUAGUCGCUUUGGCAUUUAUCAUAAAGUUCUUGGCGUUCAUACACCAAAGACACCAGCAGCUCAACAUUCAUCUUGCUUCUUGCAUGCAUCAUCUUCUUCUUCGUCUUCUUCUUUGCCUUCUUCUUCUUCAGGUAUUGAUGUGUGCUCAGCAAGACAGUUUUGUGCUUGAGCGCCACCAAGUCGUGGUUUUUAUAUAACUUCAGCAGCUCCAGGCAUAUAAACAAAAGUGUGAAUCUCAUUUGCAUGGUCAGCCAGUUUUUAACGUUGUGAAUAAAAAAAAGAACCCCGAGAUGUUAAAAAAAUUUGUUGCUUUGACGCCACGUGUUUUACGCUUGGGUGUGAACACUCCCAUUGACAGCCAUUGUUUUAGACACGGGGUGUCAAAUGGACCAUUUAAUGCACUGAAUAAACGUCCCAGUGUGAACAGGCCUUUAGAGUAUAUUUACGAUCAAAACUAUCCUUCUUUAUCUUUUUGCAUUGGUCAUGCAUGUUACUCCCUUACAACUUCAGGAAGAUCUGGAUAUUGCUUUCCACAUGGGUCAAUCUGGUGCUUGUUCAAUCCUUGUCAUGUUGAGAUUAAAUUACAGCAACUUGUUUCUUGAAAGUCUUCCACUGUGGGCAACUAAAACCCUGCCAGUGAUCCUGAAUGCAGCUGCAUGACACGUUUUCACGCUCCACAAGCUUGAAGCUGCCCACAUCAUAUUUAAAACACUGAGGUGUUUUUGAUGGAGACUACAAAGUACACCUGUAAGUCGCUCUGUAUAAGGGUGUCUGUUAAAUGCUGUACAUGUAAAGUAUAUAUAUAGUGGAAAAGUAGAUAUUUGCCAACAUUACCUUUUUUAAAAAAAUUCUCUUUGUUAUUGGUAAAAUUAAAAUUUGGUUAGUUAUUCUUUUUCAAAGUUAAAUUGGGGUUGUUUAUUAAAUUGGCCUGGAUAGCUACUGAAACACAUCUCUGCUAAUUGGAGACAGAAUAAAAUAAACAAAUGCAAUUCUGGUUUUUCCAGCAAUUUUUUUUUUUUAGCAUGGUGUGGUUCAUGAUGAUGAUAUCAUACUGGAGACCUACACUCUGACUGUAGAACAACAAAUGAGCAAAUAGUAAUUCUGAGUCAAAAUGAGAUGCUGUCAAAUUCAGUGGGAGUUACAACUUUUAAUGGGCCUUCAAAAAUAAUCUGCAUAUCUGUAUAAAUUAGAAUAUAUCACUGCUGAAUGUCACUGUUGAUUAUUCAUGAACAUGGACAAGUCCAUUUACAAAAAUCCUCCUUUUGCACUGGGCCAUUAUUCAUGAUUUUGUAUUCCUAUGCUGUUGGGAAAAAAAAUCACAGAUGUCCCAAAACGAUGCCACAAGGACAUUAUAUCUGAUAGAGUUGGCAGCAAGUGCAUGAGUGCAAUUUUGGCACAUCAUCUAGAGAAUGGCUGACAGUGUUCAGUAAAACGUCAAUUAACCCUACAUGAUAGGAUGUCAUUUUUUUUUAUCCAGUACAUUAAUUAUACAAUUUCCUUGAGGUGAUAAAUAUCUUGUGGCGUAGGCGUUCAGAUCAAUGUUGCUAAUUAAUCAGCAUGGACAAAUUUUCAUGAUAAUGACUGCAAUAUAUUUAUCUUUUGAUCUGUUUUAUAUUUUGUGUGCGAUUCAGAAAACUUUGAAUUCAUGUUUCAUUUAUGUGCAAUAUAAUUUUGCGUCUGUUUUUAAAUGUUUGAUUCACGCUUAUCAUUUUUCGAUCCGUGACCGCAACACUUUUGACAGGAAAUUAAUCCCAUAGAAAUUAUAGUGGAUAUUGGAUUUUUAAUUUCCAUGAGCUGUAAACCAUAAUCUUUAAGAUUAAAACAAACAAACAAACAAAAAGGCUUGAAAUAAUUUACAUUAUGUGUAAUGAACCCACAAUAUAUGAAUUACACAUUUUGAAUUAAAUUACGGGGGGAAAAAAACUUUUCCAUGAUAUUAAAAUUUUUGAGAUGCACCUCUAGUUAAUGUGUAGCAGAAGUACCUGUUGACACCCAGUGCGAAGAGAACAGCACUAGAAAACACACACACACACACACACACACACAGGCUCGCGCACCCUCAGUGACCAUUAUCUGGACUGUUAAUCAUCCGGGGCUGAGCCCAGAUUCUUGUCCAUGAAAAAACUUUUUAAAACAUUCUUCUAAAUAGACUGUUUGCAUGCCUUUUUCCCCUUAUAUGUAAGGACUGAUUGUUUUUUUUUUUUAAAUGUGAAAAUUGGAAAUUUAUUGUGAAAAUGUAUUGCACUGUUGGAUGAACAGUUCUAAUAUGGCUGUGAAGGUUGUCAGUAGACCCUGGUUCAUAUGAUAUUUUUACCUUACAAAUUCUACAUUCUGCCUUUAUAAUGUCUAUGUUAUUAAAAUGCGUGUAUUAAAUCUAUUAAAAUGGCGAAUGUCAUCACACGUGAUUUGUCACAUGCACAUUUACGUCAAUACAACCUUCAGUCAGCGCACCGAGUGCACGUGGCCGAGCAGUGUGGCGAAAAAAAAUCAUCCUAUUAUUCUGCCUUGUAUUAAUUAAAAACAAACAAACAAACAACAACAACAACCCUAAAUCGGCUGCCAGACGGGAGGCGGCUCCCCAUCGUUCACUUAAAGGAUCCGACUCAUAGAACCGACUCAUGGAACCGACUCGUUCGCGAACGACACGUCACCACUUAGUUGCUAAGUUCCAUGCAAAGUACAUUAUCUUUCCUUAUGCGCUGCUCAUAUCAUGUUCAUGUAACUUAGAACUCGUACAGUAUAGACAUGUACACAUCUUGUUUUCCUGCUCAGAAUCAGAAGAUGUUCCUGUUUCAGUUCCAACCCCUUUACUGGUUUAAAUAAUAAUAAUAAUAAUAAUAAUAAUAAUAAUAAUAAUAAUAAUAAUAAUAUAUAUAUAUAUUUUAAUCGGUAUAUAUGGAUUUCCCUCUUAACUGACUGUGUGAGCUAGCGUUUAGCAGAAUUGAGAGCUGUAAGCCAAUAAGACACGAGUAUUUUCAUGUAAUUUUCUGUAAACCCUGUCUAAUUGGUCUCGUCUCUGUUCAAUGAAGAUAAAAUGACAACACUACAAUCCUCAUUGACUGACGCUCAGUUACGUUGUGACAAACCGCUACAAGUAACGCCCCCGGCUCUCUCUCUCUCUCUCUCUCUCUCUCUCUCUCUCUCUCUCUCUCUCUCUCUCUCUCUCUCUCUCUCUCUCUCUCUCUCUCUCUCUCUCUCUCUCUCGUGUGAUCAGUUGAAAAGAGCAGAUCACUUUACGCCGCUGUCGGUUACAGAAAGUUUCUAGCAGCUGGACAGAAUGAUGCAGCUUCUGCACUGGCUUAUUCUGAUUAAGAAAAAAAGGGGAAAAAAGAGAAAGAGAUCAAAAAUGGACGGAGAGCUGAACAUCACCCUUGUGGAUGAUGAGAACUGGACUUUGCCCAAUAUAUCUAGAGAACACACCAUACGCCGGAGAAACAUCACAUAUGUUGGAUUUUACCUGCAUGAGACAUCAGUAGCAGCUAUCUUCAUAGUUUCAUACUUACUCAUAUUCUUGGUCUGCAUGGUUGGCAAUGGAGUUGUGUGCUUCAUUGUUUUAAGGAGCAAGACUAUGCGUACUGUCACUAACCUGUUUAUUCUCAACCUGGCUGUCAGUGACCUCCUUGUUGGGAUUUUUUGCAUGCCAACAACUCUUCUUGACAACAUUAUUACAGGUUGGCCAUUUGGAAGCAUGGUUUGCAAAAUGAGUGGUAUGGUCCAGGGCAUAUCUGUCUCUGCCUCUGUCUUUACUCUGGUUGCUAUUGCGGUUGACAGAUUCAGAUGCAUUGUUUAUCCCUUCAAGCAAAAACUGACAAUAUCGACUGCCACACUCAUCAUUGUAAUCAUCUGGGUCUUGGCCAUAUCAAUCAUGUGCCCGUCUGGAGUCAUGCUUCAAGUGACCAAAGAGCAAACAAUUCGUGUCUUGCUUGGGGAUGGCAACAGGUCCAGUCCUUUCUACUGGUGUCGAGAAAACUGGCCAAAUCAAGAGAUGAGAAAGAUAUAUACCACUGUUUUAUUUGCCAACAUAUACCUGGCUCCUCUGUCCCUAAUAGUGAUCAUGUAUGUGAGGAUUGGGAUCACUCUGUUCAAAACUGCUGUGCCAACAGGUGGAAAACCUGGCCAUGACAACCGCCACACUGUAUCCAAGAAGAAACAGAGAGUCAUCAAAAUGCUUCUUGUUGUAGCCUUCCUCUUCAUCUUGUCCUGGUUGCCUUUGUGGACACUGAUGAUGCUUACUGAUUAUGCCAGGCUUACUGAGAACCAGUAUAGGCUUAUUAACAUCUACAUAUAUCCUUUUGCUCACUGGCUAGCCUUCUUCAACAGCAGUGUCAACCCUAUAAUUUACGGUUUCUUCAAUGAGAAUUUCCGGCGUGGAUUUCAAGCAAUGUUUAAGUUCAACCUGUGCUCAGUGGGCGGCCAUCGACGUAAGACCUACUCGCAUAGAAUGCAGAGUAACUCUGUGUUACCAGCUAACCCUCAGCCCUCUACUGAGCCUAUCUCAUUGAACAGUGUGGACAACCCCAGGGUCAACCAUGUGAAUGAGCAAGACCUAGUCAUGGAGGACCUGGAAAAAGUAUCUGAAAGCAGUAUGGGGGGAGGUUCUUUGUAAACGGAGUGAAGUAAUGGAGUAAAGACAGCCCAGUGGGGAGGUGGUUGCAUUCAGUUUUCGUUAUAUACACAGUGUAAUAUAAUGUAAAGUGUCUAGUGUUUUGGUCUGCGUAUUGCUCUAUAUCCAUUUAACCAGUAUUCCUGUUUAAUGGUAAAAUCUGUUUGCAAGUACUAAAAGGACACUUGUAGUGAGCUACCCAAAACCAAAAAUCCAAAACACUACAGUUUUGAUUUUGAGUUUGUAUAAUACAAUUCUGGAGAGACAUGACAAAGAAAUAGAAUCUUUCUGAGCUUUUCCACCAAACCCAAAUAUCUAAGACAGUACAGCAAAACCAGAGCAGGAAACAGAUGCUUAAAGUCAAUGAAAAAAAUUAACAGAAUAAAUGUUUUGAGAAUGAAGAUGUUAGCCAUCCAUGCCAGUUAGGAUUUUUUUUAUGUAUGGUACAGUGCAGGACACAUCUUGCAUGAAAAAAUCUGCAGCAUGCUCUGAGAAGUAAAGGAUUAAUACUGACGUGUCAUUUUGACAUUUCCCUAUAAAUAUCUAUCCUACUAGAAUAAUAUUCAUACUGUCUGCUUUCUGUAAUCAAACAAAGCGUGACCCUGAGAAAUAAAAUGUUGUAGGACUAA